AUGGGCAGCGGGUGCAACCCCUGGGUCCGUGGGCGCCUGCUGUGCUGGGUGCCAGGCUGCCAGGCAGGAUCCCCUAUACCGGGAGCCCCUUACCGGGAUCUCUCCGAUCCCAGCGGGCAGGGACGCGGCAGGGGGUCGGGAGCCCUCCGCGUUCCUCACAGCCCCGAGACCGUCAAGCUGGGGAAGGGGCAGGGGGUCGGGAUCGCCCCUGUGAUCACCAGGCUGGGGAAGGCUCUGGAUCUCCGGCGGGAUCCCUCUGAGCACGCGGGGCUGGGGAAGGGGGCGCAGGGUCAGGACCCCCCGGAGCCGCUGGACUGGCGGCAGGUGCUGGUGCUGGGGCUGGACGGGGCGGGGAAGAGCAGCGUCCUGCACUACAUCUGCAGCCAGACGGCCAGGGAGCGCAUCGCACCCACCCGCGGCUUCAACUCUGCCCAGCUCUGCAUUGAGGGGCUGGAGGUGGACCUGCUGGAGGUGGGGGGCAGCCAGAACCUGCGAGCGUACUGGCCCCACUACCUGAGCCAGGCCCAUGUGCUGGUGUUCGUGGUGGACUCGGUGGACAGGUCGCGCCUGCUGACGGCGCGACAGGAGCUGCACGCGCUGCUGGCUGCGGAGCCCCGGCUGCCCCUGGUUGUGCUGGCCAAUAAGCAGGAUAAGAGCAACGCCCUGAGUGCGGCAGAGCUGCGGGAGGAGCUGGCCCUGCACACGCUCAGCGGGCAGCGGGAGCUCUUCCUCCUGCCUACCAGUGCGACCUGGGCCAGCCUGAGCACUGCCACCAGCGUCCUCCACGUGAAGAGCCUGCUGGUCACCCUGCUCUCCCAGCCCUGA